AUGAGUGGUAGUGUCGGUUUCGGUGACAUUGUGCCACUCAAUCGAGAAUUCUACCUGCUUGAUCUCUGCUACAUCAUCAUUGGACUUGCUAUUACGACUAUGUGCAUCGACCUGGUUGGUAUACAGUACAUCCGCAAAAUUCAUUACUUCGGAAGGGCUAUUAAGGAUGCUCGUUUCGCUUUGGUGAAUGUCGGCGGUAAAAUGGUUCACGUACCAGAUUUAAUGCGAUAUGCCAGCGUACUGCAACAGAAAUACGGCCAUAAGAAGCCACAUGACACCGUCAUUGUCAAAGGAGCUUACCGCGCCAAAGGACAUACACAAAAUCAGGUAACUUGUACGUUACAGUCAAAUGUGCGUCUCUACUUACCGUUCCCUUUGCAAAGACGCUACGCGACGGGUGAUAGAUUCGCCGGCGCUGUAAACAAAGGCGGCAGACGACCGGCGGGACACUCUGCAACGCCUCUAUGUCUUUCCACAGCAGUCUUGGCUUGUGGAGGACAUAUAUCCUUCUCUAAGAAUACCCUUCGGACGCUGUCAUCUGGCGCUCAAGCCCAAGCUUCGUUAGGAGAAGAUAUGCAGAGGAGCAGCCGAAUGCCCCCAAAUUUCAUGGCCUUUUCGCCGCUACUAUAG